AUGAACUACCGGGCCAUGGGCGCUCCGUUCCUCUGCCUGCUUGCGUUUGCAAAGAUGACCACGCUCUCCAUCAGCACAGCCACCGGCUUCGUCGGAGGAAGCAUCUUCCCGAUGAUCUUCGCUGGCACGUGCCUUGGCAUGGCCAGUGUCGACCUGAACCCGACGGGGCCCGCAGCCGACAGCUGGGCGUCCAUCUUCUUCUGUGGAUGGCCUGCGGCGCUCGCCGUGCCCUGCAUGGCCGCGGGGCUGCCGUGCGCGUUCUCGCCGGCAAUCAUCGGCAUGGUCGUCAUCGUGCUCCUGAUGAUGAAACUCCAAGCGAUGGCGGUGUCGCACGUGUUCGUCGCCAGCGCUGUGUCGUUCACCGCAGUGUGCGGCCUCGGCCUGAGCCAGAGCUUGGUGCUGGGGCGGUCGGCCGUCGUGAGGCACGCGCCCGCGGAGGCGGGCAAGAGCCGACGAUGA